UCCAUUAAAUUAUAACACUCGUCAUAAAUCUCCUCAAGUGAAAAGAAAACCAAAAUAGGUUGACAAAGAGGACAAAAUGGUCUGACCACAAAAUUUUGUGCAUCUGAAGCUUGUGUUGUUGCUAACCGCCACGAAGAAGAAUAAAUAAUAGAAAUAAAGCUGAUUUUAGGCCGCUUCCGCUUCAGUAAUCACUUAAUAUCAGGUGGGCGGUAGAGCCGGACCGCCUUGAUAAGAACUAAAAAAAUAUUUCGAUCAAAAUAAUACGAACCAUUAAAUAGUUCAUUUAUGUUGUUUUCAAUUACAGUACGUACACGUGUCGGGUGAUGCGAGUACUCGGCGACUUUACCUAUGGUGCAGGAUGUGGGCGCGGCGGUGUUAGGGGGCGCCACCCUCGACAUUAUUAAUGAACCUGCGUCCCUAAAGCCAACGUAAAAAGAGUUCCGGCUUGCAUCAACUUUGUAUGGCUUCCCGAGCUAAUAUUAUGUAUCGAGUUAGAACCCAGCAAGACGCUCUACAAGCGGUUCCUUUAAUAGUGACUUUAGCUUCGACAUACAUUACCUAUACCUUAUAAUAUAAAUACAUGAACGCUACAUUGGUUGGAGACGCCUUUGCAAGUAUCAGUUUUUCUAAUAAAAUACUUAGGUACUUAACCUAUCUCAUGAAUAACUCGCACUAAGAUGAAGGUAAUAAAAAUGAAUUGCAAAAAUAUAUUUGUGUGUUGUAAUUGUAAACCGGCACAAUCAGGCCUCUUCUUAUUUCUGCUACGAAUCAGACAUUUCGGUUUUACUGGUGGGAAGCCAAUUUACUUUACAACCGAAACUAAGACCUAUGUAUAACCAAGAACUAUGUUUCGUGGUGGUGCCAUAUAUAAAUGAUCUCCGGUGUCUCUUAACGCUAGGUGAGCCGUUAGCUCAUUCAGCAAUCUACGCAAUGAGACGUGAACACCUGUUAAAAUAUAGUUAGGUACUUACAAAAGUUGGUACCUAAACUCAUAUAUUUCACCUAUGUCUUAGUACUACUGGCAGGAUAUAUUGCUAACCUACAGCAAUGGAUAACCAUUUCCUUGUUUAGUUCUAGAAGCUAAUCACGCACACUAGUAUGAGGGGUAGGACAGCCCUAGGUCAGAUUUAGUAUCAAGAAGGAAAUCCUGAAAUGGGCUCUAGUGAACGCUUACACUAAACAGAUCGACUAGUAUACAUAAUUUAGCUGUUAGUAAAAAAUAUGAGUGUAAACUUUAAUGAAAGUAAAAGUAAAGCUCUGACUGCGGCCCUGACUAGUGGUACAAUUUUCUCUCGAUUACGUGCGAACCACGCUUAGUAUGCCCGGCCACACCACUGUUACAGGAAUGACGGCAGCCAGACUUCGAUUGAUUAGUUUUACGAGUAGCGUCCUUGUUACAUUCGUCUUACAGCCUAUAUUAGCGCGGACCGAAUUCGGAAGCAAUAUGGAUGCAUACAUUUAGGAGCACUCGAAAGCAUUAGCGUGUGAGGACGGAGUUUGCGGCGUCCGGCUACCCCGAGUGAAACUCCUACGCGGGCUACAUACUAAUGCCUUAUAUUCUAAGUUAUAAGUAUAGGUGACGGUCCCUCGUGGCAGUCGGUAUCAGAGUGGAAGUCGCGCCAACCGACCGACACCGUCGUCAUGAGACUCGCUCCUAUCUUGCUGGUGUUGUGCGCGUGCGCGUGGGUGUCGACGGGUGACGUCGCCCACAUCAAGGCGACAAAGGCGAAGAUCAUUGGGCGGAUCGCAGCGAAGACCAAGCAUCACAAACGUGGAAUACUUUCCGCUAUUCCUCCUUACAAGCUCGGACAUGAUAUUCCGGUUGUGACGCAUUCCGUGCUGAAGCCGCUGGUAGUCUCAUACCCACCUACUGCAGCCGUCACAGCUGUCAAAGUACCUAUUCCUCGUUUUCCGCACAUUGGCCAUAAACUGCCAGUGGCUCACCCUCAUUAUGCGGCUAGAUUUCCUCAUCACUCCAAAACAGUGCUACUACCAAAACCUGAUCAUCACUUCCAUCACCAUCAUCACCAUGUUGAGCCCAGACCCAUAGUCCCGGUAGUGCAUUCCGCUCCUGUGCCUGUUACUCCUUUAUUGCCAGUACCUCACCCCACAGCUACUAUAGCCCAACCUAUACCAGCACCACCUCCGGCCACGGUGAUCCAACCUACUCCAAUAGUACCAGCACCUAUACCUCAUGCACAUCCAGUCCCCGUUGCUCCUGCAGUUCCAAGUUUUGCGCAGGAACAUUUUCACUUUAGACCAGUGCUACCAGCUGCUCCAGCACAGCUUCAACCAGCACCAGUUGUUGGCCCCGCGUAUUCUCAAAUCCCAUACAUCCUUCGACCUGGUAAUUCAGUUCAAACUUCAUUUUUCGCCACUUAUCCCCGAUAUGCAUAUAAUUAUCAAGCUCCACUUGUACCAAUAGCUCCCCAGGCGGCUCUCGGACCAGUUUUGUUUGACCGUCCGCAAGCUCCCCAUCUUCAUUACGUACCUCAAGCUGGAGUCCAAGAUGGAGUGGUAAUAGAGCCUCAAGCACCAGCAGUUCCCAUUGAGCAUCAAACAUUUUUACAUCAGACGCAAAUAGGUUUGCCUCAACCGAACUUCCAAGUUCAUCCUGGCCAACAAGAAGUUCAUUUACAUCCCGGACAGCAAGAAGUUCAUUUACACCCUGGACAACAAGAAGUCCAUUUACACCCCGGACAACAAGAAGUUCAUUUACACUCAGGACAGCAUGAAGUUCAAUUACAUACCGCACAGCCCGCUAUACACUUACAAGGUCAGCCUGGACUACACGUUCAUCCAGCUCAACCUGAGCUACACUUCAGUCCUGGACAACCACACAUUCAUCUACAACCAGGUCAUCCAGACAUUCAUCUGCAACCAAAUCAUCCAGAUAUUCAUCUGCAUCAAGGUCAACAAGAAGUACAUUUCAACAUCGCUGGUCAACCAGAAGUGCAUUUCCAACCAGACCAACAUGACAUUCACUUCCAGCAUGCACAUCCCGAGGUACACUUUCAGCAAGGACAGCCCGCAGCACAUCCCGGACAGCCGGAACUUCACUUGCAGCCUGGAUAUACUGACGUACACUUACACCACGGGCAGCAAGACGUACACUUUCAACAACAACCUGGAGUUCAAGGUCAAACUGACCUGAACGUGCAGCCACUGCAACCAGGUGUGCUGCAACACGCGCAACCCGGUUUUAAUUUUCAUUCGGUGCAACCAGGAGUAAGCUUCCAGCCAGCUCAGCCAGAUCACGACGGUUGGAAUCCGGUCCAGACCCAGCCUCACGAUAUCAACCAAGGACAGCAGCCUAACGCUCAGUACCCCCAAGACGGCCAGCAUCAAUUUACUCAAGAGCAAGGCCACCAAGUGUUCGAGAACCACGUGGGAGAAGACCAGUACCAUGACUACCAACACCAACUUCAAAACCACAUCCAGACUCAAAUCGAUCAGGCGCAGUACGAACAGAACUACAAUCACCAAAUAGGACAGGAGUACGGGGUGCCUCAGCAGAACUUCGGGCAGUCCAAUCAAGAUUUUUCUCAACACGGUCAAGAUUUUAACUUCCAGCAUCAGCCUUCGGCAGACUAUGGUGUACCCCAAGCUGAAGGAAGGAGCUCUGAAGGAGCUGAUGGAUCUGAGGAUCCUCAGAAAUUCCACAACCAUAUUCCCUUGGGCCUCCAGCCUCCUAUUGACAGACCUUUGGACAAAUUCCGGUAACAACUUCUCAUGUGAUACAAUACGAGUGAAAACGAACGGAAAUUUAAUAUCUUGUACCGUUACACGUGAGCGGAAAUGACGUAACGAUACACAUAGAUAUUGCAUUUCUUGAUUCGAUACAUUAUUUCUCACGUUCAUUAAUAUUGCCUAAUAUUUAAUUUAAGUACUAAUUUAUUAACAUACUUAGUUCGUACGAUUAUUUUAUUUAUUUUUGUAAAUAAACUUUUUAAGUAUU